AUGGACAAUAGGAAGACAAAACAUGUAUCAACUGUUCAACAGCACCGCCUGUCUGACUCAAGUCCAGAUCUGCUUAUCAGUCAAACACCAAACCAGCAGGCUGCAAGUCUUACUGGCCACGGGGAAGGAGACAGCGACAGUGAUCUGUCCGACUCGGAGCGACUUCAUGUACCCCUCUCUGCCCAUGGUCCACCACAGCUGGACCUUCGACCAGAGGUCAUCAACCCAGAAGACUCCCCCUCCCCUGGUCACAGACUGAGAGGACAGGGCAACAGUGGGUUUAAUUUCCCAGACUGCCUGCCACCACCGUUCAACUCCUGGAACCUUGGUCAACUGGCUGUUUUUUACAACACGGAAGGCAGGGGGGCCCCAAGGCCCAGGCCUGUGGGCCCUUUGGAGAGAUAUCUGGAGAGGAUGCUGCAGCUGGAGUGGCACCAGAUUCAGACUGUCCAGGAGGAAAGUGGCAAAUCCACCGUGUCCAACGUGCUGGCCGCCUGCCACAGGUCACACUCUGCUGCCCCAUCUCGCCUCAGUUCUCCCAAGAGCAUUCUUCAGUGUCAGCGUGCCUUCCCUCUCACCUUCCUCUCAUCUGUGGCAAGUCACUCUGCUCUGCUGUCCAGCUGUGCCUGCACGGCCUGCUACAGACGCUACACGGCAUGUGGCAUGAUGUGCGGACACUCUGUCUAUGGCCGCCAGUCUAAAAGGAGUCCCUUGCUUGAGCGCAGGGGUCCUUCGGGCCCCUUGUCAGUCCCCAAAAGAAGCUACAGUGAGACACGUGUGCUCUCCUCAGACAAGACCUUGGCGUCCCGGGCUCAGAAGUUCAACAGCCCUGUGAGGGGAAACAACCAUAUGAGACAUAUGCAAGCUCUGGGUAAUAUUCGUAACCCUGUACAAGGUGCUACCACAAAGUCUCAUUCCACUGCCAGAGACUCAGAUGAUGUGGCCCAAAGAGAGUGUAUGCAAACUGGACAUGUGUUGUCUGGGGACUGCAGGUCAGUGGGUUUGAGGAAAAGGAGUGGCUCAGAACAGAGACGAGGUAGAACAGAGAUAUGGGGAAAUGGAUGUGGAAGGAGGAGUGGCUCAGAGUGUAGAAAAGACGGGACCGAGAGAAGGAGAACAUCGACGCUAAAGGAGCAGGAGAUAAAACCAGAUGCUAUCACAGCAAUAAUGGACAAUUUACCGGCUUCCAAACACUCUUCUCUAAGCAAGCCAAACAGGUCAAAGCAGGUUGAAUUUGUUACCUAG